AUGGCUAAACAAUUUAAAAGAAAGUCCAAUGGUGUGUCUGAAAGUAACAGAAAACGUGGAAGGCAAGAAUUAAGAAAAGUUACACGUACAGCUGCCAGAAAACAACAACAAGAUGAGAAUCAUGAAGAUGACUUGAAUGUGAAUAAUGAUUCUGAAGAGGAUAAUUCUGGAAAAGAGAUUGACGAAGAAGAUGAAGAAGGUGAGAGAGACGAUAAUCGAGGAAAAGCAUAUUCUGCUUUGUUAACUUUAUUAAAGUCAGAGCAUAAAGAAAAACCAAAGAAUGUUACUUUUGGAUCAUCAUCACAAGUCGAAAAAGCCAAUGCAUCUGAUUCUGAAGAUGACGGCAUUGCUGGUGCCAAUGUUGACGAAGAAGAAGAAGAGGGUGAAAUAGAUAAUAAUGUUGAUGAGAAUGAGAUUGUGUCUGAGAGUGAUGAUGACGACGAUGAAGAUGCCACAAAUCGACUUUCUACUGAUCCCUUUGAGCUGCAUUUUAAUCUUCCAUCUGACGACUACUUGGCUAAAGAAGAGAAAUUGGUUUUGAAAGAUAAUGAGAAAUGGCGCACAGUAGAUAAACAAACAUAUUCUGAUUUGGCUAUUUCUUCACUUGUUCAAUUACCCCCAGGUGAACCACUUAACCCACCAUUAUUGAAAUCUUCUAAAUUGAGUGAGUAUACUAUCAAGAAACGUGUAUUGGAUUCAUAUGAACAAGCAUACGGUACUGGUUUAUCUGAUUUGGAAUCUACUUUAAUUAAUCCUAUACUUAACUAUAGGGAUGUCAAUUUCCAAUACAAGUCAUUCAAAAACAAAUUUUACAGGAGACUAUAUACUUUGCAUGCAUUGAACCAUAUUUUCAAAACUAGAGAUAGAAUAUUGAAAAAUACUGCCAAAUUACAUGCUGCCAAAGAGGAUUCAGAAGAAUUGGAACUUAGAGAUCAAGGUUUCACUAGACCCAAAGUCUUGAUUAUGUUACCUACAAGAGAUGCUUGUUAUGAAGUUGUUGAACAAUUAAUAAAAUUGUCGGGGACUGAACAACAAGAAAAUAAAAAGAAAUUCAAUGACCAAUUUUAUGUCAAGGCAACACCACCAGCUACUAAACCUGAAGAUUUUAGAGAUGCUUUUAAAGGUAACAAUAAUGAUUUUUUCUGUAUUGGUUUGAAAUUCACUCGUAAAUCACUCAAAUUAUAUUCAUCAUUUUAUUCUUCUGAUAUUAUAUUGGCAUCACCAAUUGGUUUAUCUAUGAUAUUAGAAAACCCAGAUAAGAAGAAAAGACAAUAUGAUUUUCUUUCUUCGAUUGAAGUUUUAAUUGUUGAUAAAUGUAAUCAAAUUGAAAUGCAAAAUUGGGAUCAUGUCAACACCGUGAUGAAAUAUCUUAAUAAAGUGCCCAAAGAAUUCCACGAUGCCGAUUUCAGUCGUAUUCGUAUGUGGUCAAUUAAUGAUCAAGCCAAAUUAUUGCGUCAAACUUUAGUGUUUUGUGAAUAUUUAACACCCAGCAUUAACAAUUUAAUUUCAAGUAAAUCUUAUAAUCUUUCUGGGAAAGUUAAAUUCAAACCGAUAAUAAAUUCUGAAAAUAGUAUGAUGAAUUCAAUUGGACUCAAAAUCAAACAAAUUUUCCAAAGAUUUGAUAGUCAAUCACCAUUACAAGAUCCAGAUUCUCGUUAUAAAUAUUUCAUUAAUGCUAUUCUUCCAUCAUUGCUCAAAACUAGUUCAUAUGAAGAUGGAAUUAUGAUAUUCAUUCCAUCAUAUUUUGAUUAUUUACGAGUGAAAAAUUAUUUAAAAACAUCAACUAAAUUUACAUUUGGAUCUAUUGAUGAAUAUAGUUCACAAUCAAAAUUAACUAAAACAAGACAAGAAUUUGCUAGUGGUAAAAUUAAAUUAUUAUUAUAUACAGAAAGAUUACAUUAUUUCAGAAGAUAUGAAAUAAGUGGUGUUAAAACAUUAAUCAUGUAUGGAUUACCUUCAAAUCCAUUAUUUUAUAAAGAAUUGAUUAGAUUCAUUGGUAAAUCUGUGUUUAAAGAAGAAUGUGAUUUGGAUUUAGCUUUAGUUAAGAUAUUAUUUUCCAAAUGGGAUGCUGUGAAUCUUGAAAAAAUCGUAGGAAAUGAAAGAGCACCGGUAUUGUGCAAUUCCAUGAAUGAAUUAUAUGAAUUUAGAUAG